AUGACUUGUCAUCUUCAAAAGGAUGGCAUGUUACAUGUUGUUUCUUUUCAUGGCCAGCAUAAUCAUGAGUUUGCUCCUUCGCCAAUGAAACAUAUGUUAAGAUCGAAGAGAAAAAUUUCACUUGCUCAAAAAGCCAUUGCAAAUGAUGCAGAGAGGUCUGGAAUAUCAAUAAAACAAACCAUUGAAUUAUUGAGCAUGCAAGCUGGGGGUCGUGAAAAUCUUGGGUUUAUGGAGGUUGACUAUAAGAAUCAUGUACAUAAUGAGAGGAGGAUGGCUUUGAGGAAAGGAGAUGGACCUGCAAUGAUGGAGUUCUUUCAUAAGAUGCAAUUGGUAGAUCCAUCUUAUUUUUAUUCAAUACAAGUUGAUGAUGAUGGUCAAAUCAUGAACAUUUUUUGGGCUGAUACUAGAUCAAUAGUUGAUUAUGGGAACUUUGGAGAUGUUAUUUGUUUUGACACAACUUAUCGAACAAAUAGAUAUGAUCGUCCCUUUGCUCCAUUCGUUGGGGUUAAUCAUCACAAACAAUCAAUUAUCUUCGGUGCAGCUUUACUUUAUGAUGAGACUAUAGAGUCAUUUAAGUGGUUGUUUGAAACUUUUUUAACUGCAAUGUCAGGAAAGCAGCCAAGAACUAUACUUACAGAUCAAUCUGCUGCAAUGGCUAAAGCAAUAACAGAGGUAUUUCCUAAAUCUAAUCAUCGUUUGUGUGUAUGGCAUAUUUAUCAGAAUGCUGCUAAGAAUCUACAUCAUGUAUUUCAUUCAUCUAAGCAAUUUGCAAAAGAUUUUAGUGAUUGUUUAUAUGAGUAUGAAGAUGAAGAUGAAUGGCUUAUUUCAUGGGAUUAUAUGCUUAAGGAAUAUGGUCUUACUGAUAAUAAAUGGUUGCAUAGCAUAUUUGAUGCGAAAGAAAAAUGGGCUAUUGUAUAUGGUCGACACAUGUUCACUGCCGAUAUGAAAAGCACCCAACGUAGUGAGUCAAUAAACAAUGUGUUGAAGAAAUAUUUGAAACCAAAACAUGAUUUUGUGCGCUUUUCAGAACAUUACUCUAGAGUUUUGGUUGAUAAGAGACAUCAAGAACUACAGGCAGAGUUCAAAAUGAGGCAAACAAAACCGAUUUUACAGUCUAAUGUAGAGAUGUUGAGACAUGUUGUAGAGCUGUACUCCCCAGAAAUUUUUCAAAUGUUUCAAGAUGAAUAUAUGAAGAUUGCUGAUUGUACUAUUUACAAGGCUAAUAAAUCUGAUACUAUCACAGAAUACAAGGUCAAAUAUAGUCAAAGAAUUCAAGAGCACCUAGUUAAAUAUGAAGCCUCAACUACUUCGGUGGAAUGCAGUUGCAAGAAGUUUAGCUUUGUAGGAAUUCUGUGUGCCCAUGCUUUGAAAGUUCUUGAACAUAAAAAUGUUAAGAGACUUCCCGUUCAUUAUGUAUUGAAAAGAUGGACGCAAGAUGCAAAGGCUGGUUCUAUCAAGGACUAUCAUGGCAUUGAUAUUAAAGGUAAUGCUCAAGAGUCAAUAGGAAAACGCUACUCUUAUUUGAGCCAUAAUGCUCGUGAAAUUUCUACACUUGCAGCAGAGAAUGAGAUAAUGUAUGAACAUACCAAAGAAUCUUUUGAAAAAUUAAUGAAGGAAUUGCAAGAGAUUAGAAAAAAAUGUCAUUCGAAUAAUAUGGAAAGUUGCAUAGAGGUCCAUGGUGAUGUUACUACAGAUGUUUUACAAGGUGAUAGCAUAUGUAGAAUUAAAACAAAACCUACUGUUGGGCGUCCAAAGAGAAGGUUGAAAUCUGCAUUAGAGAAGAAAAAUGGUUUCAAUAGCUACUUCUGA